AUCCCGAGUCGGUUCAGUCGCGGCUCACUCGCCAUGCUGGGAGCAGUGUCAAUCACGCGUGUGUUUCUUCUACUUGAAACGUUGUCCUUUGACGACAGUGAUCAUCCCUGAGGUAUCAUACGAAAGAAGAUAACGAAACCAGUGUCCACGUUAAUAAAAUAGAACCAGUGUAUUUUCUCGUUGCGUGUGUUUUCAAGCCCAUUUUGGUGAACACCGAAACGUCAACAAUAUCCAUGCCGUUUGGGGAACGCGUGGAUCCCGUGGUGUCGGAAAUAAACGAGUGCAUCGAUUGAAGGAUAAUUGCUCUUGGAAUAACAGUUUCUUAAUAAGUGUCGUGUGGUGUGGAGAUGAGGCGUCCAGUGUACUCGGUGGUCCUAGUCGAUAGGUGGGCAGCGUCGAGACGCGCUGCGUAACGACGCUGGUCGUGAAUGGCGAGGGAACACGCGUGUGAAGUAUAGUGUGGAAAAAGUGAAGCCUGUGGCUGGGUUUCAUCCGUGGAUCGCUUGAUGUUGUUUGGAUAAUCGGGAUUAUUAGUCAUUAAAGUGCAGAUAAUGUCAUUAGUUGCCUCCGCCUCAGUCAUGUAAAAGGAGCCUCAGCAACGCUCCCUUCGUCCCGGUGAUCGUUCCUGAAGAUUCGCGACACCCACACCAGGCAACAUUGUACCCCGUCGUCGGUAUCGGCGAUAACGCUGGCAAUCGUCCCAGGGUACAAGAAACUUGGCAAAAGGGGUCGCACUUUCCUCGAAGCGAUGAUGAAGGCCAACCUGGUACGUCGGCUGGUUGGCACGUCCGUGACCUAAGCCCGCCUGUCGGAUCUCUUCCGGCCGAAGAAGAGGAAGCAAGGCGAAGGGGAAACGCGGCUGCCGAGUAUGACGACGAUCGUGACUAGCUCCGAGCCGACCGAGGUGUCCUCGGUGGACGUGACUACCCUAUUGAACGCCAUCUCCUCCGAGGACAAUCAGUUCGUGAACGGCAGUUACACGAACGACCAGAAGUGGUCUCUACCGACUACCAUAGCGAAAGGUUGUCUGUUAGGCUCGAUCAUCGUGACGGCGGUGUUCGGUAACCUGCUGGUGAUGGUGUCGGUGAUGCGUCAUAGAAAGCUGCGCAUCAUCACCAAUUACUUCGUCGUCUCGUUAGCCCUGGCUGACAUGCUGGUCGCGAUGUUCGCGAUGACGUUCAACGCGAGCGUCCAAAUGACAGGCAGGUGGUUGUUUGGAUACUUCAUGUGCGACGUGUGGAACUCGUUGGACGUCUACUUCAGCACCAGUUCCAUCCUUCACUUGAUGUGCAUCUCGGUGGAUCGUUAUUGGGCGAUCGUGAAACCGCUCAAGUAUCCCAUCAUAAUGACCAAGAGGUUGGCCGCAUACAUGCUGUUAGCCUGUUGGAUCAUGCCCGCGUUCAUCUCGUUCAUGCCGAUCUUCAUGGGAUGGUACACUACCGUCGAGAACAGUAUGCACCGACAGAAACAUCCGGAACUAUGCGAGUUCAAGGUGAACAAGGUGUACGCUAUAUUCUCGUCGAGUAUCUCCUUCUGGAUACCCUGCACCAUCAUGACCCUCACGUAUUUCGCCGUCUUCAAAGAGGCAAACAGGCAGGAGAAACAGAUGCACAGCAGGAUGGGUAACGUGAUGCUGCUCAGCCACAGGCCCAGCAAGGAUCUGAAUAAUUUGAACGGGGAACUGAACAGCGCGGGUUCUUCUAAGACUUUAACUUUGAACGAGAUCAGCACCGAUCAUUUGCACACACCCACCAAGGAUAAAAACAUCAUGAAGAUGAAGAGAGAGCACAAGGCUGCUAGGACGUUAGGCAUCAUUAUGGGUACCUUCAUUAUCUGUUGGCUGCCGUUUUUCUUAUGGUACGUUAUCACGACACUCUGCGGCGACUCUUGUCCGUGUCCUGACAUCGUGAUCGCGUUACUCUUCUGGAUCGGAUACACGAAUUCGGCGCUGAAUCCGCUGAUCUACGCGUACUUUAACCGUGACUUCCGAGAAGCCUUUAAGAAUACACUGCAGUGCGCUUUCUGUUCGCUCUGCAGACGAGAGCCGUCCGAUCUCGAGGCGCUCGACUUCCGUCGGCCGUCCCUAAGGUACGAUCUGGUCUGACACAUCGAGGUACGACGACCGCACUAAAAGUAUAUACUCGGAGACGUACAUGAAGCACGUCGACCGACGAAGAUCGAGCGAGUUUGGUAGCAGUCUCUGAGAUGAGAGUGUCAUCUUUGUACCGUAAAAGCUGCAUCCGCGUAAAAGACACGUAUAAAUACGUACACCCACCUAAGACAUCGGUACCGUUGCCUAUACGUAUGCAACAAAAAUGGGCGCGUACAGAAUCGUCGACUAUAUACGUACAGAACGUGUAGUUCGCCUCGAGUGAUUCUCCGCCAUCUUGCCAAAAAUGAAAAUGAAACUGAAACGAAGAAUCUCGUCAAGUACUCGCGUUUCUUUUUCAACAUUCUUCAACGGUUUCGUGUGGUGUUCGAUCGUGACAGAGAAAUAGCAAUCAUCAAGCAACGUAUGACGACAUUAGAAAAGUAACAAAAAAUUCCCUAGGAGAUGUUGAAAACACUAUCGAAUGUAAAACAUUCAGAAAAUUAAUUUUACGGUGUAUAAAUGUUCAGAAUGACACUAAUGAGAUCUCAUGUCCGAUUUCGAAUCGUCAAACGUUUCGCUGAAGCUAGAACUCAAACGAAAGCAUCGGUCUCAUCGAGUUACAUCACGUUGGCCCUAAAAGCAGAGGGAUCAACCGAUAGAAUUGCUGCAGAAACCGAAACCACACGCUGCCGAAAAGCACAGGGACACACGGGAAUCGGGUAACGAAUACAAAGGUAUAAUAAUAGGUAGGUUUUCACAGGGAAAAUGGCCAUGCGAGGGGACGAAGGCCAAUAACCAUAACCUGCUAUAAUAUUCGAGAGUCACGCACUUUCCCUAGCUUAUACGAAACAUUAUCGUUCUCGACAAGCAACAAAAUCUUGGCGAGUAAAUGUUUAUAGGCAAGUGGUGCCUUAUAUUGCCAUUUUUCCCCUAGGGAAGAACCCCAUUCUCGGUUCUGUACUAGGAAUAAUGGCGAUGUAGGGAAUUUUUAUUUAUUAUCCAUAUCUUUUAGGUAUGCAAAUUUUCUAAAUUAACCAUAAUUAUAAUAUUCGGUAACUGGAUUCUUUUUCCUUUGUAUCGCCAUUUUCCCUAGGGCAGAGCCCCAUGCUCGCUUCUGUACUACGAAAGAUGGCGAUGUAGGGAAUUUUAAUUCAUUAAUAUCUUUUAGUUAUACAAGUUAUCCAAAUCACCUUUAAUUAUAUGCAGACUUUUUCCACUAUAUCGCCAUUUUCUCGAGGGGAUAGCCCCAUGCUAGGUACUGUAUUAGAAAAAAUGGCGAUAUAGGGAAUUUUUAUUUAUUACUCAAAUCUUUUAGUUAUUCAAAUUUCCUAAAUCAGUCUUAAUUAUAAUAUAAUGUGACUUUGGAGUAUUAUCACGAGUAGUGGAGCCUUUUUCCUCUGUAUCGCCAUUUUCCCUAGGGAAGCAUCUAUGCUCGAUACUGUACACGCAUCAUCAUUGCCAAAGAUAGUAUUUUUAAGUGAACUUUCCAUGGAUAAGAAGACACGCUUCGAGCUGGGAUCGAUCAAUCAACGAACCUCUAAAAAAAAUACCGGAAAUCAAGGGAUAAUUUCGUUCAUGAAGCUAUUUCCAAGCUGUACCCUUCGUCUGGAUGAAGAAAGAUGUUUCUAAAGGGGGGUGAUAGGUCUUUUCCGUCUAGAUUCAAUGAAUUUCGAACAAACGAGUCCUAUUGGGUGGCCAAGAGUGUUAUAUGGAACUCGAGUCCCUCUUCAACUCGCUUCUGUUGCGUUUUCUCUCAGACGAAUGCAAAUAUAAUGAAGAAGAGGAGAGAAUCUCGUAUUCGUGGAAUAGGCUUUUGAGUUUGAUUGGCAGAUCGAGAGCAUGCUUCUGAUGAUCAAGUGGAUCGGUUGAUGGGUACGCGGAAGCAAUAAAUAAACACAAAUCGAUUAGAUAAUCACUUUUGAUGAUUGACGAUCGAAAUAACACGAUUUUAGAAUUUUUUUAUAUAUACAUAUAUUUAUUAUCUGAUUAAUUGAAUGUUUGGAAUAUUUGUAUAAAUUAAUCAAAUCGCUCUGGGUGAUUUGAAAAUUUUCGUAAGACCGUGUAUAAUUUAUAAUCAUUGUUAUUGUUCAUGUUUGAUUGUUUAUUUUAUGAUCGCGCCUGUUUCUAAGAAACUUUUAUAUUUUAUCGAGAUAGUAUUUAUAAUUCAUUGUUAAUUUGGUUUUAAGCAAACAGAUAUUUAUAGUCACAAACAUAUCAAUAAUUUCUUGUUACGAACAUCAAAAUGAGCUUCCUUCGAAGAAAUUGCAAUUGUUUAAAAUUUUUAAAAACGACAAUAGGGAUAAUUGAAUUUGUAAUUUUUAGUUUACUUCAAUUGAAAACUUCGUGGAAAAUUUUGCAUCAUUUUUAGAAACAAUUAAUUAAACUGUAAACCAAGUAUCUUAUGGCGAGAUAUAUUUUAUGGUUCCAAAAAAUUAUUUAAUUUUUAUUAAAAAUUUACUUCACUUUGGCAAAUAUUAAUACAAUUAAAGUUCAAUAUAAACAGAAAAUUCCACUAAGGUGUUUGAAAAAUAUUGAAACAAAUUAAUGUCUUUAGAGUCGUGCAAAUCUUGCGAAAAAUAAAUAAAAUAUUGUAAUCUGAAUUUCCUGCUAAGAAAUGGAAUCGAAAGGGAAAAAAAAUGGAAAAAACAAUGCAAUAAUAUUGCUUCGUUAGGUAAUGCUUGGCAGUAAUUUAAUUCCUACACGUACGCGUAGUUUAAGUCGUUAAUUAACGUUAAAUUAAUUUAUACCUCAUCGUUGAAACGUCGAUUAUUGCGUAUUCGUUUCGUUAUUGAAGUCUGACAAUUUUAUCCGUGACACUGUUUAUCCUGUUUACCGUGUUAUUAUUUUAUUUUCGUUUGUUUCUCUUUUUAACUUUUCAUACGGAUCAUCGUUUCUCUGUGAUAGAAUUCGUGAAUAUCAUCGUUACACACAUUUUGUAAAUAGCUUGUAAAUAUCAGCGUCGUUUAUCGAAAAAAAAAAAGAAAAAGACGGUGUCUUCUUUUCUUUCUCAUGGAGAAAAUUAUGCAGUCUGCGUGAAUAAUAUCAAAUAAAUCAGCGAUGAACGGAAAGUGUAUCGAAAAGUCGCGUUUCAUUGAAAAAUUCAUUGUUUCUUCGAAACGCAACAUUUUAUAUUCUGUAAUUAGGAAAAUAUCAAACCGUGUUUGAUGAUUUUAUCUUUCUUUUUUAUAAUUAUACUGUAGGGAGAGAAAAAGGCGUUUCUUCUCAGGGUCGUCCCUGCCCCAGACGCCCACAACCCCGCUUUUCGGAACUCGUAUACGGCCCUGUUGUUGCGGUUUUUUAUUCUUUGGAUCUGCCGUUCCUAGCGUACACCCCCGCUGUGGCACUUGCCGCAACAAUAGGGCCACUUUUACGACUUGCUACUCAAACCGAGACGUAUCUACUGAAAAUCGAGAAAUUUGUAAACGUUAUAUCUUGAAAAUUGAUUAAAAUCAAGCGUAUAUAUUAAAGCUUAAUGAAUUCGUCUUGAGAAACAUUAUAACAUGAUCUGAAAAAAAAUAUAUGGUUCCAUUUAGAAAACAAAAUUUGACCAUCUUAUCUCUUAAACUAAUAAUGCAAAAGAUUUUUCACUUUGGCCAAAACAUAGUUCCCAUUUUACCGUGCAAUUUCCAUAUCAACAAUAUUUUGUAUCAUAAAUAGUUACGGAAUAAUUUGAGACGGCUCAUUUGAGACACAUUUGAAUCGCAUGCCGGGGGACCGCUAGCGAGAAAACAGAUCAAAUCCCGACGCCACCUGGCGGUCACCGAUCCGAACUAAGGGCGUCCGGGGCGACUCGCCCACUUUCCCCCUCCAUGAAAUACCUACAAUACGAAGGUUGAAAAAUUUGAUUCGUCUCAUCGUUAAGAUUGUGUGAUACGAAUUUAUUCAGUUCGAUUGCGAUUUUGUGAUAAUCAUCGAUUGAUUUUUCAUUUUGUGAACUUUCCUGUUUGAAAGUAAUGUUAAGUUUGUUUUGUUAAAGAAAUUUUAAAGUAUUCAUGUACAAAUCAAUUUCCCCACAUAUCUGCAUGUAAAUCAUCCACAUUUUUUAACAACGAAGAUGUGUUUAUGGAAUAUUCCUUGUUUCGUAUUUCAUCUCUUUUUUUGUAUCGGUUCGAUGAAAAUAAAGCUUGAUUAUAUUUCAGCCGU